GAUAGAUAGAUAGAUAGAUAGAUAGAUAGAUAGAUAGAUAGAUAGAUAGAUAGAUAGAUAAUUUUCCGCCAAUCAGAGCUCUCCAAAUGCGCAUACGCGCUGCUCCUUUAAGGCUCGUCCCUCACUCUUUUCUUUUUUCUCUCCGCUGCAUACAAGGGGCUCUUUAAGCCGUGCUGUAGGCACACAGAGCAGGCAUUCAUUCUCGGGCGGCGCAAGCGAGGGGGCUGGGGAGUGAGCGUCACUCUGGAAACUCGGGGACCCGCGGAUUCUCGACCUCUUUCCUCACUGCUGAAGUUCUUGUGGAUUUCCAAUUCCAAGAGGGAGAGAGAAGGCGGGAGAGGAGAAGUGAGGCUGGGUGAGCUUUGCGCAGACGCCCGUGUGUCAGCAGGGAAACUGGGGCGCACUGAGCCGCCUAUGAGACCAUCGACACGGAUGGAAAGAACUUUAAUGUGGAAUCCUCACAGAGUUUUGCAGCGGAGGCUGAGAGUAGAGACAGACUGGCAGUUUAUAUUAUAAUUUAGAGGAGUUCAGAGACAGAGCAGUCCGCCGCGUCCACCAAACAGCUGAGAAUUCACACACAGGCUUUAGGUUUUCUUCUUGAAGAAGAUGUCCAGGGAGGAGCAGAGCCUCUCGGAGGUCGAGCUCAGUCCCGGCAUGUCGGACGACAGCUGCUCCCAGUCACCUGCUCAUUCUCGGGGGGCGGCGGAGUCCCCCCUCCGCGGGCAGCAGCGACCGCAGCUGGACGGCGAGUCCGCCGGCUGCUCCUCCGCCAGGUCCGACGACGAGGAGGAGCGCUUCCCGGACGGGAUCCGCGAGGCGGUGAGCCAGGUGCUGAAGUGCUACGACUGGACGCUCGUGCCCAUGCCCGUGCGCGUCAACGCGGGCAGCAAGAACAAGCCGCACGUGAAGAGGCCGAUGAACGCCUUCAUGGUGUGGGCGCAGGCGGCGCGCAGGAAGCUGGCGGACCAACACCCGCACCUGCACAACGCCGAGCUCAGCAAGACGCUGGGGAAGCUGUGGAGGCUUCUUAACGAGAGCGACAAACGACCGUUCAUCGAGGAGGCGGAGAGGCUGCGGAAGCAGCACAAGAAGGAUUAUCCGGACUACAAAUACCAGCCGCGGCGCAGAAAGAACGGGAAGCUGGGCUCGGGUUCUGGAAGUGAGGCUGAUGGACAAUUGGAGGGUGAGGUCUCCCACUACAAGGGCCUCCAGCUGGAAGUGGCUCAUGGUGGGGGGGCCGAGUCCCCUCUGGCAGAUGGGCACCACCCUCAUGCUGCAGGGCAGAGCCCCCCCACGCCCCCCACCACCCCCAAAACCGAAGCUCAGGCUGGAAAAGCAGGGGACGGGAAGAGGGAUGGAGGAGGGAGCUCCCGCGCCUCCAUGGGGGCCGACGGAGGCUCCGGUGCCUCUGGAUCUGGAAAACCUCACAUCGACUUUGAUAACGUGGACAUCGGAGAGAUGAGCCACGAAGUGAUGACCAACAUGGAGCCCUUUGACGUCAACGAGUUUGACCAGUACCUGCCCCCCAACGGCCACCCCGGGGUCGGGCAGAGCGGCGGGGCCGGAGGCGCUGCGGCUGCUGCUCCGGCCUCGCCGUACAGCUACGGCAUCUCGUCAGCUCUGGCGGCGGCCGGCGGACACUCGGCGGCCUGGCUCUCCAAGCAGCAGCACCACAGCUCCCCGCUGGGGGACGCCUCGAAGGUCAAGAGCGAGGCUGUGACCUCUGGGGGUCACUUUGCCGAAGCGGCCUCAGCCGGCGCUCAUGUUACCUACACGCCGCUCAGUCUCCCUCACUAUAGCUCCGCCUUCCCCUCAUUGGCCUCGAGAGCUCAGUUUGCAGAUUAUGCCGACCACCAGCCCUCAGGGUCCUACUACGCCCACUCCAGCCAGGCUCCAGGGUUGUACUCCGCCUUCUCGUACAUGGGGCCGUCCCAGAGGCCGCUGUACACCGCCAUCACCGACCCCGCCAGCGUGUCCCAGCCACACAGCCCCACCCACUGGGAGCAGCCGGUCUACACAACUCUGUCACGGCCUUGACAGACGACAGAACCAGGAGGCGCCGGUGCUCGCCCCGCCCCAGCGUCAGACCUCAGAAGCAGAGGCCACAGCGUCAGCGGAGCUGUUAGGAGUGCUCUGGUCUGUCUGGGGGGCUUGAGCAGGUACCCGAGAGGGUAUGAGGGGUAAAACCUUGUUCCAAAAGUGCGAGCAGAGGGGGGUGUGGCAGGGAAACUAGAGCGUUGGAGGUGUGAAGGUCAACGUGGAACGUCUUCAGAAAGCACAGUGCCAGAGCCACUCAGAUACGCUCUCACCUGUUCCAAACUUUACGGGUAUCAGGAGGUCUGCAAACACCCCCCUAAAAACAAACAAAGAGAGAAGCAUGACUGUCACCUUGGAGAUUGAACCGAGAAAGAAAAACGUGUUGCCAAUCUUUUGUUUUUAUUACAUAAAACUCAAGAUUAUAACACAAGUGUAUCAACAAAUGAUGAAAUUGUUGUAAUAGUAAGAAUUUGUCCUGUUUGUUCUCAGAAUAUCAUCAUCAAUAAAUCACACAGACUUAUAAAAUAUCUUAGGUUUAGGAUAAAAUGACAAAAGAACCAAAGCAUUGAGACCAAAACAUGUUUUCCUGUUUUCUACAACAGAAACAGAUUCUUAAAGAUGUUUCUCCCAACGUGACACUCAGAACUACCUGGUAGUUUGUAGAGAUGUUUUUUAGAUUAGCCUAAACCUUUUCCCUAAAAGUUAUUCUUCUUUUAUCAUAAAGUUUUUUUGCUGUCUUUUUAAAAGCUUCCUACUUUUAUGUAUUCCUGACUUUUGAGGAAAAAAAUGUGUCACAGUGUCAAGUCUGACUAAUAAUGUGUAUUGUAUUUUUAAGACAGUUUAUUCAAGAAAAUUCUGAAUUUAACAGAUUGCUAUAAAACCAUUUUGCCAUUAACUUCACUAAGUGCUUCACCACUGACUAAUUUUUUUAAUUUUGAGUGUUUUUUUUUUGUAGAAUGUUUGUCAAAUUCCAUUUAAUUUCGUGUCUGUAUGCUGCAGGAGAUGCCAAUAGUUUUUAAUUAAUUGCCACAUGAAGCUGUUUAACUUCAGAUUGCAUUAAUAUUAUACUUUGUUCUUGACAAUUUACUAACAUAUAAUUAAAUUUCAUUCUUUUGUUGUGAAAAUCCCUCAAAAUCUACACAACAUAUUAUUCUAUAUCAUAUUUAAAGUGUUUUUUCUGUAUCUAAAAGCCUAAAAAUGCAUCUUUCCUGUUAUGAUGUUACUGGACUUUAAAGUUUCUUUUUGUUGCUUUGAGUUUUUUCAUUUUCUAUUUAUAUAUUUUUUGUUUUUCUUUCUCUCUGAUCCGAGCUGCCAUGUCUAUUCUUGGGAACAGUGGCUUACAGUCACAGAGCUUGUAAAUACGAGCAGGAGCAAAGCCUGAACAUGUGAUGAUGACUCGUACUUGAAAUAAAGUUCUUCUGUUUUCUGCCUGUUUA